AUGGCCCGAAGUGAGGAAGUUGAACAAGAAUUAUUGGCAAGAGACGAAGUCCUAGCAAAUGUAAAAAGAGAGCUUCGGAAGGCACAAGAAAGAAUGAAAAGGUACUACGACCAAGGUCGCCGAGAAGUUGUCUUCAACCCUUGCCAGUUUGUCUACCUAAAGCUGAAGCCCUACCAACAGAAAUCAUUAAAAGACAAGUUCAGCCACAAGCUAUCUCAAAAAUUUUAUGGGCCGUUGAGAAUCAUAGAACGCAUCGGAGAGGUCGCCUACCGACUGGAGUUACCCGCCUCAUCUCACCUGCAUCCAGUCUUCCAUGUGUCGUUGCUCAAAGAGAAGGUUGGUGACCUGACGUUAAUUGCACCGGACCUACCCACAUUUAAUGAAGAGGGUCGACUGCUUCUACGACCAGUUGAAGCUCUCAAGUACCGCAUAUGGAGACGAGGCCGAGAACGACGCAAAAUCUGGCAAGUCUUGAUUCAGUGGGGCGGCUUGCCCAAGGAAGAUGCUACGUGGGAGGACUAUGAUGAGGUCUCUCAGAGGUACCCUAACUUCAUCCUUGAGGGCAAGGAUGUUCUUCAAGGGAGGGGGAAUGUUGAGGACCCCCGCAAGCCACGCCGCAAAAGGAGCAACAAUCGCACACCAACCGAGGGCCAAAGUAGCCAUGCCAACCAAAGAGGGCCAUCGGACCACAAGGAGGCCAACGGGGGGUCAAGCCAAGGCCAACUACUUUGCUUGGAAAGCCUUGGCCAAGCUCCUUCAUGCGGCCGAGCACGCCCAACCUCGGCCGAGCCAAACAUUUGCCCAUGCAUGCCCAAGCCUGGGCCAAGCAUGCCCAACCUUGGCCGAACCCGCCGCGCCCGCCCCGCCGAAGCCAAGCCGCAACCAAAUCCUGCCGCAGCCAACCUCGCUUGCUACAGUGCGGCGAGGUUCUUGGGCAAGAACCUCGCCAGCUACAGUGCCCAUGCACAGCCAGGCCGCCAACAGCCAGCUACACCGGCUGCAAACACUUUCAAGCCACAACCAGCCGCUGCAUCUACUUCCAAACAGCAACCUUCUGAUGUCAAGAGGCUCAGCCGAGAGGAGGUGCAAGAAUACAUCAAGAAGGGUUUAUGUUUCAAGUGUGGCGCCAAGUGGGAGAAAGGUCAUCGCUGCAAAUCGGGCCAAUCCUAUGUGCUACACAUUGAUAGCAGCGGAGAGGAAGAUGAUGCCGCCACCACCGACAGCAGUGACUCGGAUGAGGAUGAGAUCCCAACGGGAGACAACCAAAAUAGCCCCCUACUAAAGGAUGCCGAGCUAUCUCUUCAUGCGCUCACCGGUGUGCAGCGACCUUCAACCAUGCGGAUGACGGCGUGGAUCGGCAAGCAUGAAGUAUCCUUGCUCGUUGACAACGGAUCCUCCCACAACUUCAUUAAUCCAGGAGCCUUGCAGCGAGUAGGACUCAAGGGGGCAGCCACCGAGCCGUUUGAAGUCAAAGUAGCAAGCGGCGAAGGACUCAAAUGCCAAGAAGUUGUCAAAGAUGUCUGGCUCAACAUCCAAGGGGUAAGAAUUUCUGCAGACUUGCAUAUACUACAACUUGUAGGUUUGGAUGUAGUCCUUGGCAACGCAUGGCUUCGGGGCAUUGGUAAAGUAGUAACGGACUACAAUACCAUGACCAUGGAGUUUCGGCUCAAUGGAAGGAAGAAGAUGUGGACAGCACUCAACCACAAGGAAGUCCUAUCAUGCGAAGCCAACAUGAUUGAACGCUUGUGCCGAGGAGGGGCCCUUUGCUUCGCCAUCAUGAUGUCCAACCAAGGAGUGGCUGCGGAGGGACCUCAACCGCAGCCAAAGGAUGACUUGCAGGACCUUCCACCGCAAGUGCAAAAGCUACUUGCAGCACACCAAGGAGUUCUAGCCAAGCACAAAGCCCCGGCCAAACUCUUGGCUUGGAGGAGUGGCCAAGCCUUGGCCAAGCAUCCCCAAGGUCGGCCAAGGCAAGGCCCAGCAGCCCCAAGCCAAGGCACGCCCGUGCACGGCCCAAGGCACGACCGUGCGCGGCCACUGCGUGCCUCCGCGCGCGCCCAGGCGCUGGUGUUGGAGGGCGUCUCUCGGCCCCGAGCCGCCACACCAAGCCUCGCACCUUGGCUCCUUGCGGAUGCCUUAGAAAUGUAGGAACGCGGGCCGAACGGGUAACGCCGGUUGUGAUGCACUCCUUAGGACGGUCGCGGAUACAAGUCAAGGGGCGGGCCUACUGGCUGCAGCUUGGCCCGGCCCUUAGCUUGUUGGGAAUGGUGGACACGCUCCUUUGGAUGGUCGUGGGAAUCAAGACAAGGGGCGGGUCUACUGGUUGCAGCUUGGCCCGACCCUUGGCUUGAA